AUGCAGGUAGCAAGAACUUACAACAACCUCAAUUGUUUAUCCUCCGACGAUUCUGGCGUCUUCGGCUGCCUCCCAGGGCAAACAGCAAGCCCGAACUUUUUGACCUCAGAACCGAAGCUUUCCUUCUUCCCUCCUCAUCCCCUUCAACCGUCUCCUGUUGCCCACGAAGUACAACCUCAACUCCAGCCUCAAACUCUCAUACAACAGCUCCCUCAAUCUCUUCCAGUUUCUCCGACAAUCAACGAGAUAUCAAAAAACUCCCCUUGCAGUAGUGCUGCUAGCUUACCGCCAGCAAUCAGUACAUGUGCUCCAAUUACAACUCAAUCAAGUCCACUUCCGAACUCGCCCAUUCUCUCCUGCGACAAACCUCAGCCUCAGAUCAUCCCGAAACGCGAAGUUAUCAGUCCGACAAGUUUCCUGUCCCCGCAGCCAGCAUCCCAACCAGUAUUCCACUUCCAGAAGCCUAAGCAACAGAGGUCGAAUUCCCUCCCCGUUUCGCCGAAAGUUGAGCCAGGCCUUCUUCCAAGAAAAAAGAACAAAAAGGGUCCGGCACCGAAACUUUUUGGAAACGAAACGUGCAAAAUCUGCGACGCUAAAGCUACUGGAUUUCACUACAAUGUACUCAGUUGCGAAGCAUGCAAGAAUUUUUUCCGCCGUGCAGUGGUCCAUAAACUCAAGUACAGAUGCAAAAUCGGCGCAGGAAGUUGCUCCGUCCUCGCUGGACAUCGCCCAAGAUGCCAAUUUUGCAGAAUGCAAAAGUGCCGCAACAUGGGAAUGAAAGACGAAUACAUCAACAGAAUCAAUCGACAGCGAAAAAAUGCAAAACAGAUCCCAAAGCCUCCAGAACCAAUGCCUCAGAAAUACCGCGUGAUCAUCGAAGGUUUACGUGAAGGCUGGGACGGAAUGGCACAAAUUAUGGACGAUGUCACGUCGUUAGAAAUUAACAGCAAUACAGAUCGCAUUGAAUCAUUUAACUUCAUGUCGCAGAUGGCCGCGGUCAAAGUGAAAAAGAUCAUCUACUUCUGCAAGCAUAUUCCGAUGUGGAAGGAGAUGCCCGAGCUCAGUCAAAUAACGCUGAUAAAAAGUGGUUUGACGGAGGCAAUGGUUUUAUAUAAUACCACCGACUACGAUGGCGAGAGCGACCAAGUAAAGUUCAUUGAUGGAAUUGUCCGACCGAAGGAUGCUUUUCGCACGUGCGGCUUCAGUCCGGAGAUGAUCGACGCCAUCUUCGGUAUUUGGCGAUACUGCUACAAUAAAAAAUUCAACGACUCCACGACAGUUGCUCUCCUCAUGGCCGCGACCCUAACCUCGCCCGAUCGACAUUUCAUUUCGAUGGAAAUGAACAAGGAAGAACGAGAAAAGACAGAAGCUCUCCACCAAGAAAUCAUAACGGCGCUUCAAUGGCAUUUGAAACAAACAACCGGGGCCGUUUCUUUUGCUAGAGCGGUUUCCGUGCUCACCCAAUUGCGAAAUAUCUCAGACCAGCUGAUGCCAAGGCAACUCAACGACUUCAAUGUGCUAGGGGUAAACAUGAGCCCACUAUUUGCUGAAAUCUACAGCCAUUAA